GAAAAGUAUAAAGUACGUUCAUUUGUAUAUAUCAAUAACGCCUGGUAUACAAACCUUGCACUUAGUAAAAUAAGAUAAUGAUUUCAAGGUAGCAUCGAAAAUUUGCUGAUAAAUAUAAAUUUAUCCUAUACGAGCAGUCAGUACUAGAUAAUACGCCGCUUGAAGUUAUAGCAUUAAUACAACACAGUUAGGUAUAGUGCGAUCGUGUGAUAAAUUCUAUAUUAUUAAAUCAGGAAAAUGCCUACAAACGAAUUGUUGAUUACUGAGGCGGGAAAGGUGAGAGAAAAAUGGGGAAAAUCCGAGGCAAACCUCAAACAGGACUUGCAGAUUUUGAAAGACUGGCUAAAAACACAGAAACACCUGCCUAAAGUACCGGAUGAUCGUAUUAUCGAAUUACUAUUAACCAACUGUAAAUAUAGCUUGGAAAUGACGAAAACCCAUCUGGAUAUGUAUUUUACAGUGCGUUCUUUAAUGCCUGAAGUGUUCGAUCAGAGCCAUCCCAAACAAUCCAAACACCAGUCUAUUUACAGUUUAAUAGAUUAUGUAGUCCUUCCAAAAUUAACGGACUCUCUACACAGGAUAUCUCUGAUGAGAUUCAAAGAAAACAGCGCAGAAAAACUGAAUCUUCUACAUAUAGUAACCUACGGAACAAAUUUAUACGAAUUACGAAUUCGUCACAACGAUAUUGUAAUGGGUGAAGUGAUUAUAUUAGAUUGCCAGCACUUUAACAUGGGACAUGUGAUGAAAUUCACUCCUGCUGCGUUAAAAAAGUGCAUGUUAGUGUCAGAGAAAGUUUGGGGAAGCAGAAUAAAGGAAUUUCAUGUAAUUAAUCAUUCACCUGCCAUAGAUGCUAUACUGACAGUAGCUAAAGGGAUAUUAAGCAAGAAACUAUACAAUAGGAUAUUUUUGCAUCACACGUACGACGGUCUCUUGGAAAAAAUUCCUAAAGAUUUAUUGCCCAGCGAUUUCUGCGGCGACCAAAAAUCAAUCAAAGAACUUAUCGAUUUAUUGAAAUUAAAAUUCGAGGAAUGCAGCGACGAAUUCGACGAGUUGCAGAAAUUGAAAGUUGAUGAGAAAUUGCGCCCGGAGCCGCUCAAUAACUCUGAAGUCUUGGGAUAUUACGGGAAUUUCAAGAAGCUAGAUGUCGAUUGAAUUUAUUUAUUUUUUAACUCUAUGUUACAAUUACCUUUUAUGUUUUAAUAAUUAAAUGUUUUAAAGGAGA